AUGAAUGGAUUUUUUCCCCUUGAGUUUGUGUUCGACCCAAUUAAAUGGCAGCGGAAGCAAAUGAACGAGGACUUACUUGACCUAUCAAAGAUGUUCAAUGCAGUUAAAUCGCUUGUUCGAGUGCCUUCUGUAGACCCCAAAUAUAAAAUUGCUCUUCUUGCUUCUAAGCAGGACCAUUGUCUUGUUGAUCUACUGCAUGCUUGGCAAGAUGGAAAACUUCCGGUUCAGAUAAGCUCUGUAAUCAGGGUGGGGAAUACCCAUGUGAUGCGGUUCCUUGAAAGACAUGAGAUUCCAUAUUGU